AAGUGGACCACAAAAACACGCCAAAAAUGAUUGCCUUUCUAACCAUUAAAGACGGCCCAACUUUUACGGGUUUGCACUUUGGAUAUGAAAGUUCCGUUACCGGAGAAGUCGUUUUCCAGACAGGAAUGGUUGGAUAUGUGGAGUCGUUGACUGAUCCCUCAUAUUAUAGACAGAUUCUGGUUCUCACGUAUCCUUUAAUUGGAAAUUAUGGCGUUUCCGAUAGUAAUGAAAACGAUAAGUUUGGACUUCAGAAGUGGUUUGAAUCCUAUAAGAUAUGGCCCAUUGGACUCAUUAUCGGCCAAUUGUCGCACAAUUAUAGCCAUUGGAAUGCAAAACAAUCUUUGGAUGACUAUUUGAAAGAGAAUUCUGUUCCCGGAAUUCAUGGCAUCGAUACCCGAGAAUUGACUAAAUAUUUACGAAACAAAGGCAGUUGUCUCGCGAAGAUUGUCAUCAAAGACAUCGCCAUUCAAAAGACACUUUCGUUCAAAGAUCCAAAUCUAGAUAAUCUCGUGGAAGAAGUUUCCACUAAAGAGACCAAAGUUUAUAACGAGAAGGGAUUCCCAAGAAUACUGGCCGUCGAUUGUGGGAUAAAAAACAAUCAAAUCCGAUGUUUGGCAGAGAGAGGGGCUCGAGUGGAAGUGGUUCGUUGGGACUUCCCAUUCGCCAAACACACCAAUACUUUCGACGCCGUCUUCUUAAGCAACGGACCCGGAGAUCCGCUCAAAUGCGUGCCAACCAUUGCUAAUAUUAAACAACUUAUCGAUGGGGAGAAUGUGUUGUGUCCCAUAUUUGGCAUAUGUUUGGGUCACCAAUUGUUGGCCAGGGCUGCGGGCGCGUCCACCUAUAAGAUGCCUUACGGUAAUCGCGGUCAUAACCAACCGGCGCUCUUCUUGGAUACAAUCAAUUGUUGCAUUACUUCACAAAAUCAUGGCUUCGCAGUCGACGUGAACUCAUUCCCGAAAGACGAGUGGAUUUCGUUGUUUACGAACGCAAACGACAAAAGUAACGAAGGAAUCGCUCACAAGACUAAACCAUAUUUCAGCGUUCAGUUCCAUCCCGAACACACCGCUGGGCCCGAAGACAUGGAAUUCCUAUUCGAUGUCUUUUUGGAUAUCGUUAAAUCUCACCUCAAGAAAGACAACGCUAUACCAGUGGCGCAAAGAAUUGCCAAAUGUUUUCAAACCAAUUUGUCGUUUCCAAUCAAUGAGAGUUUAAUUAAGAAUCCCAAUAAAGUGCUGAUCUUGGGUUCGGGCGGUCUGUCCAUUGGACAGGCGGGUGAGUUCGACUACUCCGGGUCUCAGGCUAUUAAGGCUCUCAAAGAACAAAAGAUCCAAACGGUUCUCAUUAACCCAAACAUAGCGACCGUUCAGACGACCCCUGGUUUGGCCGAUAAGGUAUACUUUUUGCCCAUCACUUCAGACUAUGUCAAAGAAGUGAUUCGAUGCGAACGACCCGAUAGUGUGCUUCUCAUGUUUGGCGGACAGACAGCACUCAAUUGCGGCAUUGAAUUAGAAAAGAGCGGUGUUUUGGCUGAAUAUAAUGUUGAAGUGUUGGGAACGCCAAUCAGUUCCAUCAUUGACACCGAAGACAGAGAGAUAUUUGCCCAAAAAGUGGCUGAAGUUAAUGGAAAGGUGGCCCCGAGUCGGGCCGCAUAUUCAGUUGAAGAGGCGCUUAAAUUCGCCAAAGACUUGGGAUAUCCAAUACUCGCCAGAUCUGCCUAUGCUUUGGGAGGUUUGGGUUCCGGGUUUGCCAACAAUCCCGAUGAACUUAAAAAAAUUGUUACCCAAGCAUUCGUUAACUCAACGCAAGUACUUCUGGAUAAAAGUCUUAAGGGUUGGAAAGAAGUGGAAUACGAAGUAUUGAGAGACGCUUACGAUAAUUGCAUUACUGUCUGUAAUAUGGAAAACGUGGACCCAUUAGGUAUUCACACCGGGGAGUCCAUAGUUGUGGCCCCGUCUCAGACCCUAACCAAUCAUGAAUAUAAUAAGUUGCGAACAAUGGCUAUAAAAGUGAUCCGACAUCUGGGAGUGAUAGGAGAGUGUAAUAUUCAAUACGCUUUGAGUCCCGAUUCCGAGGAGUUUUACAUAAUUGAAGUAAACGCCAGACUUUCGCGGAGCUCAGCGUUGGCCUCAAAAGCGACGGGUUAUCCGUUGGCGUAUAUCGCGGCCAAAGUUGCUCUUAAUAUUCCGCUCUCACAACUCAUCAAUAGUGUCACAACUGAGACGACCGCCUGUUUUGAACCGGCGCUCGACUAUUGUGUGGUUAAGAUCCCGCGUUGGGACUUAGGUAAAUUUACUGGAGUUAGUCAUCAGAUCGGAAGCUCAAUGAAAAGCAUCGGCGAGACUAUGGCAAUCGGUCGGACGUUUGAAGAAGCGUUUCAAAAGGCACUGCGAAUGGUUGACGAAUCUGUCAAUGGAUUUGAUCCGUACCUCAAAAAGCACAGUCGAGAAGAGCUCGAGUCGCCGACCGAUAAGCGUAUAUUCGCUUUGGCGGCGGCGCUGAACCACAACUGGACGAUCGAAGAGCUCUACAAUUUGACUAAAAUUGAUUUCUGGUUUCUCUAUAAAUUUAAGACAAUUAUCGAUCAGUUGAAAGAAUUGGAAAAUUUAAAUUCCGACACAAAUCUAUUGACUCCUGAUAUUCUGUUAAAUGCAAAGAAAUUGGGAUAUCUUAAUAUUCCGCUCUCACAACUCAUCAAUAGUGUCACAACUGAGACGACCGCCUGUUUUGAACCGGCGCUCGACUAUUGUGUGGUUAAGAUCCCGCGUUGGGACUUAGGUAAAUUUACUGGAGUUAGUCAUCAGAUCGGAAGCUCAAUGAAAAGCAUCGGCGAGACUAUGGCAAUCGGUCGGACGUUUGAAGAAGCGUUUCAAAAGGCACUGCGAAUGGUUGACGAAUCUGUCAAUGGAUUUGAUCCGUACCUCAAAAAACACAGCCGAGAAGAGCUCGAGUCGCCGACCGAUAAGCGUAUAUUCGCUUUGGCGGCGGCGCUGAACCACAACUGGACGAUCGAAGAGCUCUACAAUUUGACAAAAAUUGAUUUCUGGUUUCUCUAUAAAUUUAAGACAAUUAUCGAUCAGUUGAAAGAAUUGGAAAAUUUAAAUUCCGACACAAAUCUAUUGACUCCUGAUAUUCUGUUAAAUGCAAAGAAAUUGGGAUUUUCUGAUAAAUUCAUCGCUCAGUGUAUGGGAAGCAGUGAUUUCAUUGUUAGGCAAAUGAGAAUCGUUAAUAAUAUUAAACCUUUUGUGAAACGUGUGGACACAGUGGCCGCCGAAUGGCCCGCAACUACUAAUUAUCUAUAUUUGACUUAUAAUGCGUGCAAUACUGACAUUGAGUGCAGUAGCGGAGGAGUU